AUGGUACGGCAUUAUGUAAAAAAAAAGAUUGUAGAACCUAAUUACACGGAAGAAAAACUGGAGAGGGCUCUUAGUGAGAUAAGAGCCCAUACUAUGACAGUUAACAGAGCUUCUAAAGUAUAUAAAAUACCAUUUUCAACGCUAUACUGCCGUUAUAAGGGUACGAGAGGAUUAAUAAAAAAGUCGAAAGGCAGGACAACUGUUCUCCCUGAAAAUAUAGAAUACACUCUAGCUACCUCAGUGAAAACGUUGGCUAAGUGGGGUUUCGGCCUAAGCAGAAAAGAGAUAAUGGAAUUGGUAGGGCAAUAUGUUAAAAUAAACAAUUUAAAAACGCCUUUCAAAGAUGGCGUUCCAGGUGAGGACUGGUUCCUAGGAUUUAAAAGACGCCAUCUUUUGUCGAUCCGGAAGCCUGAACCUUUGGAAUACUCCAGAAAAAAAGCUGUAACUGACCCCUUUAUAAAUUUUGGAUAUUUCGAUCUUCUUGAAAGAACUCUCACUGACUUAAAGUUAAAAGAUAAGCCCCAAAACAUAUGGAACCUUGACGAAAGUAGCUUAAGUAUUGACCCAGCAAGAACAAAAGUUGUCGGAGAAAAAGGCCGAAGUGUGUCUAGAGUAAUCAGCACUACAGGGAAAGAAAACACAACUUUUGUUUUAGCCGCCAAUGCCGUUGGUCAUAGGAUUCCACCAUUAAUCAUCUUUAAAGGUAAAAAUAUGUGGGACCAAUGGCGAGCACCUACAGACAAAGAAUUUCCAGGGACGGCUUACGCCGCGAGCCCGAAUGGUUGGAUGGAAACAGAGAUUUUCACUAAUUAUUUCAAGAAGACCCUUAUUCCAGCUCUUGGCAGUGAAUGA